CUGCGCAGGCGUGUGGUGGCGUCAUGUGCCGGGAGCAGGCACGCACUGCGCAGGCGCGGUUGGCCCGGGCCCGCCGCUCCUCCCACGCCGGCGCGGGCCAUGAUGGCGCGGAGCGGUCCCGGCUGAGAGCGGGGUCUGGGUCUGGGGCCGGCCCGGGCCCACACCCACACCGCAGGUGUACAUCCACGGCUGUCCAGUUCUCCACCAUGGGAAGAGAGAGGAAGUGCAUCUUGUGUAACAUCAUUUACAGUUCAAAAGGGGAAAUGGAUGAACACAUGAGGAGCAUGCUGCACCACAGGGAGCUUGAGAACCUUAAAGGAAGGGACUGCAAGCACGAAUGCAACGUCUGCAGGGUGACAGUGGUGGGCCUUUCGGCUUACGCCAAGCACAUCUCCAGCCAGCACCACAAAGAGAAGGUGGAGACCGGGGAGAGUGAGGAGAACCGCAAGGAUGACGGCAAAGAAGAAGAAUACUUUGACAAGGAACUUAUUCAACUGAUUGGUCAACGGAAAGAACAGAAAAGAAAGAAUGACGUGCCCAAACAAGGAAACCGAGCAACAGACGGUGAGGGCAGGAGGUACCGGAAGAUGAGAGAAGAUCUGCAGGCCUGUGAGCAUAUGAGCCAAUACAAACAGGCAGCAUGGCACCACGGAAGUGCAGGAGAGAGGGAUUGGGCGCCACGAGAGUAUGCAGGUUCCAGAUCGAAUGCUUACCACUGGAAGGCCAAUUCAGGUGGUGCCCCAAACCGGCAUUCAACGGGUUUGUGGGCCUCUCAGAGCUGGCAGCCCGAAGACAAAGGAGGAGCACCUAACUGGAAUUUGAAUCGCAGCUGGCAUCCCAGUGGCCCAGGGGGGGCAGCUAGUCGUCAUUACAAAAACAAAGGAGGCCCGUCCAACUGGGGCACUAAUUCCGGCAGCGGUGGCGACAACAUGCCUCACUACAAGAGCAGCAGGUCGAACGGCAAGCUCCAACCUGGCAACACGAUGGAUCCAAUGGAGGAGGCCGAUAGGCAGUGGAGUAAGGGGAAAAUGCAGAAGUUGAAUAAAAUGGAGGGUCUGAGAGAUCGAUACUCCUGGAACAAAAUGCAAGGCUGGAGACGGCCGGUCACCGGUCGAGGGGCGAUGGGGAGAAUUCCAUCGGAUCGGUGGAACGCGGGCGAUUACGCCUUGCAGGAAUACGGCAUGGAUUUCACCAGCGAUGACGUCCCGGGCGAAGGGAUGUUGAUCUUCAACAAUGGCCAGAGUAAAGGUGAUCAGACUGGAGGCAAGAGUGUCAGCCCCCCAAGGGAUAAGAGGCACCGCUGGACUCCUUACCGGUCUCAGAAGUCCACAGGGGCCCUGGACCCUGGCCUGAGAAGCAAGAGCGGCAACGAUUCCGAGAGCAGUUGCAAGUCUGCGCAAGCGAAAGACGUCAAGGCCCAGCAAAAAGGCAGUGGUUUCAUUUCUGGGAAGGUGGCUGAGGAACGAAAUAACAGCACAAGACCUCUCACCCAACCUAGUUGCUCUGCCGAAGAUGAAAGUAAAGAUGAAGAAAAGAGCCCGUUCCCAGCCACAACUCACACCAAAUUGUUCCCUCAUCCUCCACACGAACGUGUGUCCUCUGCUUCAGAUUCCUUCACCAAGAAAGGUGACCCCUCGUUUGGUAGGGAAAGUGGCAAGUGUUUGCGCUCAUCCAAUUUGAAACCACACAGAUUUUCACCGCCUGAGAGCAUGCAACAGUUGAACAAUGCACCGAAUGCAUCAAAGGCUCGCCUUUCGACAGAAGCUACCGCAGACCCAACGCUGCAGCCCUCACUCGCUGUGCCAGGUGGUGUCAAUAAAUCACAGUUGGAUAAUAGUCUGGGCGAGAUGCUGAGACUGGCGAGGGAAGCUCUGAGGCAGAGUCAGUCUGAAUGUGGACAAGAGAGUCAGCCAGGGAGUGGUGAAGAGUCCGGGGAAGGUAACAAGGAAAACUGGAAAAACACAAACAAAAUUCAGAAAGCUAAUGAAAAGCUUGCACCAGGGGACUCCAGGAAAAUAAGCCAAGAACUUACUGACAUUGCAGAAGAAUUAGACCCAGCGAUGGUUGUAGAUUCAGCGGGAACACAUUCUGGCCAGAGGCAACCUUCUUCAAAAGCAACAAAGAAGGAAUUGGACCCAGAUACAGUUGUAGAUUGUGCCAACUCAGAUUCAAAUCAGAAGCAACCGAGUGCAAAAACAGUAAAAGAGCAAGCAGCUGUGUUAGAUGCUCAGCAUGACGAAGCUGCUGAUGUCGGCAAAACAAAAUGUGAUUUAAAGGCCUACUUGACUUCAGGAGCAGGCGAUCAGUUGCCAUCCACCUUCCCCUUUGUGUUGUCGGAAACCAAAAAUCCAAAUGUGGUCCCAAGCAUGACCGAAGCUUUUGAUCAUUGUUCCUCUGACCCCGAGCUGCAGAACGGAGGGGCCCAGGGCUGCAACCAUCUCCUGUCUGAACUCAACAAGCUUGGGCUCCCCACCUCGGUACAGAGAGACCUAACCCGCCACAUCAACUCCAAGUCCAGGCCCGGGACUCACGCCCCUGAGCCCAAUCUCAACAUUGCUCGGCGGAUCCGCAGCAUAGGAGACCAGAGGAAAAGCGAAUCGGAAAAGGAAUCGGGUCUGAAACCAACCGUGCGUCAGUUGCUAAAUGUGUCUCGUCAUCACGUCAACUGGGAUCAAGUCAUACAGCAAGUUGCUAGAAAGAAGCAGGAACUUGGAAAGGGUUUACCAAGGUUUGGGAUUGAGAUGGUUCCCUCAGUGCAAACCAGCUCGGAUGCUCCGGAGCUGGAUGAAGAUGAAAAUCUGUCUUCUCUGGAAGGCUUCCAGUGGGAGGGAAUCUCCAAUGCUCCCACUGGAACCAUUCGGAAGCGCAGCCUCUCGGAAAGCAGCGUGGUCACGGACAAGCGGUCGAUUUACAACCUGUUUGGCAAUGAUGUGAAGACCGAGGAGGAGGAUAGAGCUAAAGAGCGUGCUCCCACCAUUCCAAGCAGCAAGCUGCUUCCAUUAUCUCUAGGAUCAAACGGGUCGAGCUGCCCGGUGAAGGGAGUUUCACGCGAUAGCACCGCCCUGGCAGAGAGGUUCCAGGUUGGCGGCAGUGGUGACAACACUUCGACCCAGGCGCUGCCCGCAGUGAAGCAAGAAGGAAGCUCCGGCUCGCCCCUUGGAUUCGACAGCACUCCUGUGGAGAGCAGCCGGCGAGGAAAGGCAUCCCUCCUCUCUGCCAGCGAGGGCUCUCGUCCGCAGGGCAACCAUGAGGCAGAGGGGGCUAGCGAGACGCACGCCCAGCAGAGUUCCUGCCGAGCUGUGCAAGACCCUGUUGCAGCAGACGGUGCCACCGAUAGCAGCUACACGUCUGGCGGUGAACUCAAUGACACCCAAGUGCUGGGCAAGAAAAGAAGAGCAACACCUGAUGGUCUGUCUCCAGAGCUCCCUGGUUUGGAGAGAAAGAAUAAGAGGAGGAAGAUCAAAAGUAAAAGAGAAAGGAACCAGCUGGACCAGUUGCUGAGCAUCUCACUGCGGGAGGACGAGCUGAAUAAAACAAGCCAAGGGUUAGAUGGAAACCUGCUGCAGGCUCGUGCUACUCUCCAAGCUGCAUAUAUGGAGGUUCAGAAGUUACUGCUUCUUAAACAACAGAUCACCCUGGAAAUGAGCACACUAAGGACCAAGAGAAUUGAAAUUCUUCAAGGCCUGCAAGAGUCCAACGAUCCUUCUGGAGAGCGAUCGAUGCAGAGCCCGGCAACAGAAAUCAGCAGUCUGCACAGAGGUGCGUGUGAUCUCAACUUCCACAUCCCCUUCUCACCAUUACUGAGCCCAGUUCCCUGCUCUGGCUCCAGCUCAGACCUGCGCCCUCGACCAGAAGCUGUUCCAGGAUUCCAGUCCACUGCAGCGAUGUCCCUGCCUGCUGUGUCAAACGCCUCUAUAAAGCAAGAGCCCACCUCCCCGAAGAGGACAGAGAAGGGUGUGAAGAGUUCUGAACCACUGCCCUUCACUGGACGGAUGCUGGCUGACUGUCACAAAUCGGCCCUCUCCCACUGUAAAGGCCAAGUCACACCCACAGGAUACCCGCUAAUCAGUCUGCCUCCGUGCCUGCAGCCCAUGGCCAAGGGCUUUAUUUCCGCGGGGCACGCAGGGCAGGGUGUGUUGCCGGACCUCAAGGGGGACAAGGCUGCCAGAAUGGGGGCACCCGCACCCGGCCAGUCCGGGCGGCCUCAUCAACCAGAGCUGUUCGCCGUGCCAGAGAAGCGUGGCUCCCUGCCAGCAGACAAGAGGCAGAAGGGGCAGAGGGAGGUCAAGAGCCAGGGCAGCGAGCUGCAGCAGGAGGUGGAGUCCUCCAUCACCCCCUCAGAGAGUCGCAGCUCCAAGAAGAAGAAAAAGUUCAGGAAGAAGAAGACCCCCCGCGUGACGGGGUCGGGUGAGAACAGCGACACAGAGCAGGACACGGAGCUUGUCCGACCCCAGCGCAAGCUGAGGACAAAGAAGGUGGCCAGGGCAAAGGUCACGACCUCAACCCACCAGGGGUCAGACGGGGCCCUGGUGCCCAGGGUGAAAGGCUGCCAGCGCGGAGAGAGCGAGAUGCGAAGUGCCACCACGGACAGCGACUCCACCGUCCAGCUUCUGCAGGUCAACAAGGCCGACCGUGAUCUGGUUGCCGCUGAGUUGCUGGAACCGGCUGGCGAGCAGCCCGACAGCCCGCCCAAGGGGCAGCGGGCGGUGGCAGCACGAGGCAACGUCACCGACCUGCUGAAGGCAACAUACGACGAGGUGACGUCGACCAGCGAGAUCGGUACAAGCUGUGCCAAACCUGCGGCCAGGGGUGUGGCUGAAACUCAAACUCCAGUGUCUUCACAGAGAGGAUCGAGGAAUACGUCAGAAGUGUCCUCUGAUGAAGGGGAGGAGGAGGAUCCGACUGAGGGCACGUUUACAGGCCACCAGGCGGCUGUGAAUGCCAUGCAGAUCUAUGGUGGCCAGCUCUACACCUGCUCUGCUGAUAAAACCGUGCGUGUGUACAAUCUGACGAGUCGACAGUGUGUGGGCACUUUCGAGGCUAACAAUACGAAGGUGAAUUGCCUACUGAUCAUACAAAUGCAAGGCAAGAAUGCAUGCCUGUACACGGGAUCCAGCGACCAUAUCGUCCGGCGUUAUGAUGUCAAGAGCAAAGUACGCCUGGACCAGUUCACGCUGAGCGACCGGGUGCUGUGCCUGCAUUGUCGAUGGCGAAUCCUGUACGUUGGGCUCGCGAAUGGCAUGGUGGCCACCUUCAAUGUUAAGAGCAACAAGCAGCUGGAGGUGUUUGACUGUCACGGGCCGCGGGCAGUCAGCUGCCUGGCCACAGCGCAGGAGGGAGCCCGCAGGCUGCUGCUGGUGGGCUCCUACGACUGCACCAUCAGUGUGCGCGACGCCAGGAACGGCCUCCUGCUCCGAACACUGGAGGGACACACCAAGACCGUGCUGUGCAUGAAGGUGAUAAACGACUUGGUUUUCAGCGGAUCGAGUGAUCAGUCUGUGCACGCACAUAACAUCCACACCGGAGAGUUGGUGCGCAUCUACAAAGGUCACAGUCACGCAGUCACGGUGGUAAACAUCCUGGGGAAGGUGAUGGUGACGGCCUGCCUCGACAAGCUGGUGCGCGUCUACGAGCUGCAGUCCCAUGAUCGUUUGCAGGUGUACGGUGGACACAAGGACAUGGUGAUGUGUAUGGUCAUACACAACAGCAUGAUCUACACGGGCUGUUACGAUGGGAGCAUCCAGGCAGUGCGGCUAAACCUAUUGCAAAACUAUCGCUGCUGGUGGACUGGCUGCACCUUGAUCUUCGGUGUCAUGAACCACCUGAAGCAUCACUUGCUGAUGGAGCACAACAGCACCUCCGCCCAGACCCAGAAGUGUCGCUGGCGCAACUGUGAUGCGUUCUUCACUGUGAGAAACAGGUCCAAACAGGAUUUUCCCAAGCAUCUCUGCCAACAUGCCGAGGAGAAUAGCCACCUGGACCCAUGAGAUGAGUGACCUCCCAAAUUGGGAAGCAGUUUAAUACGACACGAUGGUCUUUACCUGAAGCGAUUCCAUCAUUCUGAAUUGACAGUUUCUGUGACAAUACAGCGUCGCAGUUCACUUCUGGAUUGAGCCAUUGUCUACAGCUGGCCCGGGUCUGCUGAUUGAAAGAAGCAAAUUGAUGGGGAUGCUGACCGCAGUCACUGCAUGCCUGUGGGCAGGGCCCAGCCUGUGUCUGUGUUAAUUCCAGGUUUUCUAAAUGAAGCACUCUUAUUGUGGUCUUCCCGGUUCGAUGAGUUGACUGUGGAAUUUCCCUCUGAUUCCUGGAUAGCAAAGGGCUGCUUCACUAUUUCACCUGCUGUUUGUUUCUCUGUGUUGGGUUGGGUUGACUUGAUAACUCAACAUCAAGCUGCAAACAAACUUGUGGUUUCUAAUUCUGUCCUGAGUGUUUUUUAAUGGCUGGGAUGAAAUGUGUGUGUGCAUUUGGGGCUGAGGCAGUAGGAGUCAGUGUUGAAGGCCACACUCUCCAGGGGAAAGAGUUUGAAAGCCGAGUGCUGCGAUGUAAGAUUGCCUCGUCGGCCUCAGUGGCUGGAUUGCCUUCAGCUUCUCUCUCACUGUGUGAUGUUUGCUGCGUAUUACCACCGCUAGCUUUGCGACUUGAUGUAAGUUGAGGUCUUGACUACAAAUAUGGUUUGAUAUUGGAAGUGGAUUGGCGAGUCUCACCAGAGUGUGCCCCAGUUUUGUUUUAGGUAAAGUUUGAUUUCUAUUUUCAAGAUUUUUAAGCCAAAAUGUCUCAAAAUAGAAAAGUGGACAAGGAAUGUUUGGGGUCGGGCUUGGUGGUGUGAGGUGUGUGUUCUGUAGGCCCUGCCCUGUUCUGUGUGUUGUGUGUUGUGAGUGUGAGCCAGAGAAACAAUGUACAGUGCAGCCUGUGGCAGCUUCAUGUACAGCAUUCAGAGUGUGGGCUGUCAGCACACUUAGCUGUGAGAUGGCAUCUUUUAUCUGCAAUCAGGCUGCAAAGGGUGAGAACGCGAUGGAAUGAGUCUGUUUACAGUAAGUGAUUUUACAGCAAUUAAAAAUCAAGGAACUAAAUAAACGCAACUCCGAGAGGAUGUAUUUCUACAGUU